UCAAAUCUGCGGGGAAUUACUUUGGCGACUAUGUCCAUGUCGUUGGGAACGUUUACUACUCCCCCUCGGAUUCCGUACUGACGGUCGCUUCCUAAGGAUCUAAUCUGAGCAAACGGUAAUCUUAAUGCCACCAAACGUUCCUCUAAGCUAGUCAUGUUCUGUAAUUGAGGUGGAAUUGGAGGAAAAUACAGUCCAUUGGACAUACACAACCGGGGCACGUCACCACUCUUCAGCGAAUCGUGACAUGUGCCACAUAGGAAAUAAAUACUUCCCAUCGACUUUGAGAUUGGCGAAAGGUUUCUUAAGAUGAAGUUUCCGCACGACUUCUAUUGUUGUUGGAUGCAUAGAAGAUCGAUACCAAAGACCUCCACAGGAACCACAUAUCCAUCUAGGUUGAUCAAGUAUCUCAGACUGGAAAGACUAACACAAAAUAUAAAAAUCCACCUGGGCCCUAUGACGUGAAAUAGCUUUUCUAAUUGUGUUCUGCUGUUGCUCGGCCUGCUUGAAAUAUGUAUCAUCUCGGCGGGUAGCGUUUUCUAUCCUAUUCCGCUCUUUUUCCUCCUCACGGUAGAUGUGAUCGCUUCUGCGCUCAGCUGGUCCUACUCUGUCUCGUUGUUGUUCUUGGUGCCGCAUGUUCUCAUUCAUUCUUUGUAAUUUCUUCGCGAUAGCGUUUUUGGCGGCUUCGGCUCGGCGGAAGUCAUCAUCUUCCCUUUUUCUCCGCAUGCUUUCUUUUGCACUUAUCUUUUUGCGAGGCAUGACAAUUUAUCGCGAUUAGGCACGCGCUAACUAAUUAGGUUACGUGCCUUCCAAUCACCACUCGUUGUGGCACGUUCUCCCCCGUUCGACACGUCUCUCCAACUUUCUUCACGUUUCUCCUCCGUUACACACGUCUCUCCGACUUUUGAUCCCUUUGUUCUCCGUUCGACGUUUCUCCUCUUCGGUUAGUUUGUCCAGAAAUAGCAGUAAACAAGAAAUAGAGAGCAGAAAUAUUGGGAAAGAAUUUUUGAUAAACUCUAGACUUUUUCUCUGAUUUCUGAUCUUUGUUUGAUCUACCGAAUGAUGUAAUCAUAGUUACAAUUUCUACCCAUGUUUCUCGACAAUUUUUACGUUAUAUAUAUAUAUGUAUGCACAUAUUUUAUAACGUUUGAGUCAAGAUUACGUCAAAAUUGUCCACCCACUUAUUCUCUCACUUACUACAGGGCGAGCUACUUCUAACGUUACAACGGUUUAUUGUAUUUCAAAGUGUACAAAAUGUCUUGACGAAUUCGCGAGAGACAAAGAGAUUAUUCAACAAGGAAAUCCCGUAUCGCCGAAAAUGGGCAUCGUGAGAUUUAUGCAAAUGAGGUGACACGCCUAAAUAGGGGAAUGGUACAAUGAAAUAGCUUUUUUUAGGCUCUUACGAUUUUGAUGUAUGAUAGAUUAUAAUUUGUGUAAUUUUGUGGUCAUCAAGAUUCCGAAGUAAUAUGUUGGAAUAUUAUGUUGGAAAUUUGAAAUUCUCAGAUUUCAUGAUUUUUGAAUUUAAAAAAAAACAAUACAAACCCGACAAUCGUGAGAUUGGUUUUGAGAAUAUCGAAAAACGCUGUAAAUUGUAAAACUUGCCGAUUUCGUGAAGACAUGAAAUCUAUUUAAAAAUCCAAUUUACAAACCUUAUUUUCUAUUUAACGAGAAAUUUUCUUGGAACCGUCCUGUCAGCAUGCAAAUUAAAAUUCGACGAAAUAGCUACAUAUAAACAUAUGGUUCUGUAGUUAUAAAAACAGAACCGAAAUUAGUUUCCUGGGGGGGAAUUCAAUUGUGACAUGCGUAAGCAUAGAUUUUGCUUACGCAUUGCUGAGCAUAGAUUUUGCUCAGCAUAAAACGCGAUUCAAUAGAUAAGCAUGCGGAAGUUCAAAAUUUGCGUAUCUCUUGUCUUUUGCUUAGCACUGCGCAAGUUUUUCCACCACAAAACAGUGUCAGCUGGCAAAACUUAUCAGAACAGUUAUCUAGGUCGGAGUUUGCUUAUGUAGCUAAUUGUCACAACAAAAUAAUACUUAUGUGGUAUGGAUUCGAAAAGUUCAGUUAAGAUGGAAUUAGUUGACACAAAUGGAAAGAGUAAGAAAUUAUAAUUAUAAAUAUUUAUUUUGGGAAUGUUCAGAAAACACGAAACGCAAAAUUAGUCAUUUUUUUACACAUCCCUCGUAGAGGGAUAUAGUCCAUUUUUACACCCCAUUUUUUUAACUGAUCAAGGGGACCAGUAACACAACAGCCUAACCCCUCCCCUGCUUUGCGUUACGUAUUUUAUGAGCUUUCCCUCUAAUAAAAAUAGGUCAAUUAAUAAAUACUUUGUAGGACGCCCAAACUUUUCCACUAAGGAAUGUGAGGCUUUGGUCGACACCGUUGGACUUCACUACGAUGCACUCUUUGGAAGAUUUAGUUCAACCUUGACCAACAAUCGGAAAAAUGAGCUAUGGGAUGAUGUCACCGAAAAAGUUAAUGCUGUCUCUUCCGUUAACAUUCCUAGAAGCGUAGCCGAGGUGAAAAAGAAGUAUCAAGUUUUGAAAAGUAGCGUGAAAAAAAUCGAGACCAACAAUUCGAAUGAAAUGAAAAAAACUGGAGGAGGGUCUGCGAUUCUACAACCCCAAAAUACCGUAGGAGAGAAAAUUUUGGCACUUGUUCCACGGGUCGAAAGUUCAGGAAUUGAGGGUGGAAUCGACAUUAGUAAAAUGUCGACCGUUGAUACUGCGCCAUUAAACUUGAUCUCGGUAACGGGCCUCAUCCCAAUUGGAGACACGGGCUCAAGAACAAACAAACCGGCUGAUGCUUCGGAAGAAAAUGCUCCACAUUUUUUCAAGAAACAAACGAAACGUCCUCUGGAAACUACUCUUUUCGCAUUACAAGCUAAACAAGUUAAAUUAUUGGAGACUCAAACAAUGCAACUGGCACAAAUAGUUGAUUUAUUGGCGGAGCGAAACUCAAUUGAAAAGGAGAAGCUACAAAUUAUGAAAAAUAAUUAAUCCUCAUCAUUCAUUUCUCUAAUUAUUUGAU